AUGACACCGGACACCGAGACGCUGAUAGAUCGCGCGCUUUCGGAGGACCUUUCCAUAGGCGACCCCACAACCGACAUCCUGAUUCCGCCCGACAUGCAAGGGAAGGCUUCGUUCGUUGCAAAGCAGGAGGGCAUACUGGCAGGACUUGAUGUUGCACUCGCCGUGUUCCAGCGAUUUGACAACACGCUAACUGCGAAGUCAUACAUUCAGGAUGGGGAGCGCCUCCGGCCGGACGACCUGAUUGCCACAGUGAGCGGGCGGAUGAACCCGCUGCUCAAAUCCGAACGCACCGCGCUCAACUUCAUUCGCAUGCUGUCGGGAACAGCUACCGUGACCGCGGAAUACGUGCAAGAAGUCGAUGGAUACGACGUACGAAUUGUGGAUACGCGCAAAACGACUCCCGGACUGCGGGCGCUCGAGAAGUACGCCGUCAGGGUAGGCGGCGGUUACAACCACAGGCAAAAUCUCGGUGAUGGCAUCCUAAUCAAGGACAAUCAUAUUGAAGCUCUGAACGCAUUUGGAAUGUCCCUUGGCGAUGUCGUUCGCAAAGCCAACCGUGAAAAGUCGCACACGAUAAAUGUCGAAGUGGAAGUGGAAGAUCUGGCGCAGGUUGAAGAGGCGCUGGAGGCGGGCGCGAAGAUCCUGCUGCUGGAUAACAUGGAGCCGGAGGAAAUGGCGGUCGCCGUGCGGAUGGCUAGCGGCAAGGCAGUUACCGAGGCAUCGGGCAAUAUCACAUUGCGAACUGUGCGAGCGGCGGCGGCUUCCGGCGUGGACCUCAUUUCCGUUGGCGCGUUAACCCAUUCCGCCAAAGGCUUGGACAUCAGCCUCGACUUCACAUCGUGA